AUGGAAAACACUGAUGAAAAUUACCAAAUCUCAUACAUUUUAUAUGUGUAUUUACAGAGAUCUGAUGAAGAUUCUGUUGAAUAUGGACCUGCAAAGUACGACUUCGACUGGGCCGUGAAGCACGACUACUCCGGCAACCACUUCGGCCACCACGAGUCCCGCGACGGAGACUACACCCAAGGCUCGUACUACGUGCAGCUUCCCGACACUCGCUUGCAGACUGUCAAGUACUACGUGGACGGCGACUCUGGCUACGUGGCCGAGGUGGAGUACGAGGGCGAGGCUCAGCAUCCUGAGUCCGAGGAGUAUCGCGUGUCUCGAGGCCGAUACUCAGCCCCAGACUCAAGCGAAGAAGACUCGUCCGAAACGGUCGUUCGAGCUCCCUCAAGAUUUUAUGGCUCGCCUUUGUAAAGCUAAGACGAAAAGGACUGAUUUCGUUUCGACGGCCGUGAUUCCAUAUGGAGAUGAUGUAAAUUUAACGUAUAUAUUUAAC